ACUCGAUAUCAUAACCCAGUAACUACUGGCUAAAAAGUGGUCACGGAGCCAUGUAACAAGAAUCGCAAAGUGAUUUUGCUCAAAGGGCAUCCAUAAGACAACAUCUACUUUAGCCCUGUUUAGAUAUAUACUGAUUAAAAUGGCAAGAUCAAACGACGUGGAAGAACUUGCCAAAAAGGUUAGGGAUAACGUGCUCACAGCACUGUUGGAGAAGGAGCGUGAAGUAGACGAAGAAUUAGAUAACAUAAAACACAUGGAGGCAAAAAUAUCGCACUUAAGAAAUGAUGAAACCCUGGAACGCUUCCGCGAAGCCAGAAUGCGCAAACUAAAGGAAAUAAACGCUAAAAGGAUGCAGUACAUGAACGAUGGAUACUGCAAACUUAUCGAUGUGGACUCAGAUUCGCAAUUCUUUGACGUCUGUAGAAACACUAAAUUCGUGGUGGCACACUUUUACAGACCUACCACCGUUAGGUCACAAUACCUAGAUGGGAAAAUGCACGAAAUAUGCCUAAACUACUUCAACACCAAGUUCAUACGAGUUAACGUAGAGAAGACACCCUUCCUAUGCGAAAGGUUCAACAUAUGGUGCAUACCAACACUCAUGAUCAUCAUCGACGGAAAGACAAACCAUAGCAUCAUAGGAUUCGAUGAAUUCGGAGGAGAUGGGUUCACAGUAGAUGACUUCACUAAAGUACUCAAUCAACAUGGAAUACAAACACCAGAAAGUGAUAAGUAUACAUAAGUGACAUUCAAUGUUGACAAGAGGAGACAAUAUGACAUCGUGGCGGACGCUUUGCCACCUCAUGUGGAAGCAUACGCGCUUCACAUGAGUCGAAAUAAUGAAAAACAAAAGAAUUGUGCUGUCCUUCCUUAGGAUGAUCUAAAACAGAAGUAAAUAAAAUUGGACAGAUGCUGAACUGAUUCAACAAGGCACCCCAUGAUUUUGUGA